UGUCGGUGGUAGGGACUGCGUUGACGCGACGCACUGCCCUAUGCGUAGUUUUUUUAGACGCAGAUACCAAUAAAACUAUUCCGCGUUUGUUAAAAGGAACAUAAAGACGUGAGUACACUAACCAUGGACCCUGUCUGUUAUGGUGUAUUAGAAGGACUGAUUUAGAAAAGCAAAUUCUCCGCGGAGUGACCAUUCAGUGGUCUGCCAUUAGCCUAGCCUAGCUUAGCUUAGCUCAGUCGGUGAGUUUACUUGUCAGUGCUGACGGGCCAGCGCGGAAAGCUCUAUAUGUCUGUGAUAACCAGGAGAGAUCAUGCAGACGACGCUUGUGUUAUAACUGAAUCGCUCUGAGCGACGCAUCGUGAGUCAACAUUAAGACGAAUUCAUAGUCGCAUCGUCUACGUCGCCGCGACGCACACCCUCCCUCAACGGUUGUACUCUUGCCUCAUUUCCGGUUCUCUGCUUUUCCGGUUUGUCCCGCUUCUCGCCAUCGCUCAGCAGUUGGAGCUGUUUACUGUUUAUAGAAAUGGAGCAAAUUGAGGAGCGUCUCAUCACAGAGGUCAGGAAGUACGAGCACCUCUACAACUCCUCCUGCAGGGAUUAUAAAGACAGCAAAAUGACCUACAACUCGUGGAGGGAGAUCGCCCACGGCAUCGGUUUGGAUGCAGCCGAGUGCAUGAAGAGGUGGAAGAACCUGCGGGACAAAUACGUUCGGCGCCGCAAGAAGAUGGCAUGCAGGAGCGAGGAUGCGGACGACAGAAGGGCCCCGGCUUUCUAUGAAUACCUAUCCUGGCUGGAACCGCAUGUGAAACAUCGGGAGGAGUCGAAGUUGAAAUCUAAGAUGACCCCACACAGGACCUUGGACUCGGAUCUAAGGUCUCCGUCCGCUUCAGAGCCCCCUUCUCCUCCGACACCGACUCCAUCAACACAGCCCAUGUCCCCCUUGUCAACCGCUCCCUCCGUGCCAGCACAAUCCCACACGUCGAGAGUCAGAGCGCGCAAACGGAAACGCGUUGACGAGGACGACGUGCUGAGCAGACAGAUGACGCAGCUUGAAGAACGUCGGCUGGAACUUCAACAGAAGCUUGGACCGGAGAGCGAUGAGUGUUCAAGAUUCGGACAGACGGUCGGGGACAUGCUGCGGAGAGUGCCAGAAAGCAAGAGGGCUGAUGUCAUGUAUAUGGUGUUCACCACGCUGUAUGAACACAGACUGAAGCCAACGUGAACUUGCAGACACUUUCUUUUACAUUUGAUGAAGUUUAAUAUGUUUAGCUAAUAUUUGUACAUUAAUUUAUAGUUUCAUAUAUGGUAUUGUUACAUUUUCUCUCAUUAAAGGUAACUCAUUUUAUAAUUUUGCACUUGAUUGCUACCUCAUUGCACAAGAAAUAAAACUGUUGGUU